UCAGGUUCCGGGGCGCGGCGGAGCGUCCGGCCGCUCGGUCCCGGGCUACGCUCCUCAGUUUCCGGGGCCACGCGCCCUGCGGUGGCCAGGAUGGAGGAGGCCGGAGCGGCGGGGGAGAGCGAACUGGACUUGUCCCGCCUCAGUGUGCCUGCCGAGGCACUGGAGACGGAGCUGGAGGCGCGGGGCGAGGAGCGGCGCGGGCCGCGGGAGGCGCUGCUGCGGCUGCUGCUGCCUCACAACCAUCUGGCGUCGCUGCCGCGGGCGCUGGGCAGCGGCUUCCCGCACCUCCAGCUGCUGGACGUGAGCGGCAACGCGCUGACGGCGCUCGGGCCGGAGCUGCUCUCCCUGCGCGGCCUGCGCACGUUGCUGGCCAAGAACAACCGUCUCGGCGGGCCCGGCGCGCUGCCCAAAGGCCUCGGCCAGUCGCCGCUCUGUCGCAGCCUCCAGGUGCUCAACCUCAGCGGCAACUGCUUCCAAGAGCUGCCUCCCUCGCUGCUGGAGCUGCGCGCGCUGCAGACCCUCAGCCUGGGCGGCAACCAGCUGCAGAGCAUCCCUGCUGAGAUCGAGAACCUGCGGAGUUUAGAGUGUUUAUAUCUUGGAGGAAAUUUCAUCAAAGAAAUCCCACCAGAAUUAGGAAAUCUACCUUCUCUAAAUUACUUGGUAUUAUGUGACAACAAAAUCCAAAGUGUGCCUCCUCAACUUUCACAGCUGCAUUCACUACGUUCUCUAAGUCUUCACAAUAACUUGUUGACCUACCUUCCUCGAGAGAUCCUCAACCUAAUUCAGUUGGAAGAGUUGAGUUUGCGAGGAAAUCCACUGGUUGUUCGUUUUGUUAGAGAUUUAAUAUAUGACCCUCCAACACUCCUGGAAUUAGCUGCACGGACUAUUAAAACCCGAAACAUUGCCUAUACUCCCUAUGAUCUUCCUGGGAAUCUUAUCAGAUACUUGAGUUUGGCCAGCAAUUGCCCAAACCCAAAAUGUGGAGGUGUCUACUUUGACUGCUGUGUCAGACAGAUAAAAUUUGUGGACUUCUGUGGGAAGUACCGCCUCCCGUUGAUGCAUUACUUGUGUUCCCCAGAGUGCUCUUCUCCGUGCAGUUCCGCCUCUUACAGUUCUACAUCCCAGAGUGAAUCUGACUCUGAAGAUGAAGCGAGUGUUGCUGCCCACAGAAUGCAGAAGGUCCUUCUUGGCUGA